AGCCAUGUGCCUCUUGAGACCUGCCAGCUAAGUAUUGCAAUUCCUGGACGCUAUCUGAUGGAGCUGCUGAAGGGAUGGCCGUGGCGCCGUGCUUUCUUGGCUGUUGCGCUGAACCUGCUGGCUCUCAGCCUCUCCACUACUGCCUUGCUUGGCAGCUACUGGUGCACCGGGACCCAGAAAGUGCCCAAGCCUCUGUGUGGGAAGAGCAAAGAUGCCAAGUGCAUUGGUGUCCCCAUUGUGCCUGAUGCAGGUGCUGGCAAUGUUUCAUCUGAGGAUGUGGAACACUACAGCUGGGAGACUGGGGACGACCGCUUUGCCUUCAGAUACUUCCACACUGGGAUGUGGCUUUCCUGUGAAGAGAGCAUGGAAGGGCCAGAAGAGAAAUGCCGUAGUUUUAUUGAGCUUUCACCACCAGCAGAGAGAGGAAUCCUGUGGCUAUCGCUGGGAUCAGAGAUGCUCUACAUCAGCUUGCUGCUCAUCAGCUUCAUCCUCCUGAUGGUGGAAAUGCUGCAUACUGGGAAUCCUGUCUGUGGGUUGAAGCUCAACGCCUUUGCUGCUGUCUCGUCAGUUCUGUCAGGUCUCCUUGGUAUGGUGGCACACAUGAUGUACACUCAAGUCUUCCAGGCCACGGUUAAUCUGGGACCAGAGGACUGGAGACCACACUCAUGGGACUAUGGCUGGGCAUUCUACAUGGCCUGGGCUUCCUUCACCUGCUGCAUGGCCUCUGCUGUCACCACCCUCAACACCUACACCAAGACGGUGCUGGAGUUCAAAAGAAACCACAUCAAGACCUAUGGUGGGAGCUUCAAGGAUCAGCCUCAGCACCACCAGUGCUUCAUACAGCAGCAGAUAAGCAGCUACUAUGAGCCCCAAAAUAAGCUCCUCCGUUCAGUCUCUGAGGGAGUCGACUUCUACUCUGAGCUGCAGCAAAAAGUGCUACAACGGGAACCAGAGCUGGAGCUGGAUGAUGUCUUGGGACAGAUGACUGGGGAGGAUCGCUGUUAG